CGGCAGUCUAUCCCUGUAUAUUUAAGUAAGCCGUUCAAGUAGAGAGCAUUCGGAUUUCUAAUUGUUUUUCCUCUCGCAUUUAUUCGUUGAUGAGAUGGCGUUCCUUCGAAGCCUUUUUGGCUGGGAGAUAAUUCCGCGUCGGCGAUUGGCUUCUGCCGUCAAACCGGAGGAGAUCAUCGACUUGACCGGAUCGGAUGAGGAAGAGAAUGAGGGACCAAGCCCGGUCGAAUUCCGGGACGAUGGUUACUUAUGCCCGAUCUGCAAGGACAAGCCCGAGGAUACGGUGACCACCCAUUGUGGGCAUGUUUUCUGCAAUGAAUGUUUAAUGGCGGCUUUGCGCAUAUCCUACCUUUGCCCACUUUGCAAGAGUGAAGUGCAGGACAUUAUCCGCAUAUUCCUUUAAUUUCAAUCUUUCCAAUCGAGAGAAACGCAACAGGAAGACACUUUUCUACUAUCUGAAAUACUCUUUUUUCAAGCAGUUAUAUUGCCAUUGAAUUGCUUUCACUUAAAGCUACUAUUCUCUACUCUUAACAGUAAACCUUUUUAAGCGUUUGGUUCCAUUUAAUUGCCGUCUUAAAAAAGACUUUCAAAUAAUCCUGAUAUCAACUGUACUUUGUUAGAAUAAGCAGCAGAAAAACCUCACAAAAAGACACCUUGACUCAAUGAACUAUUGUAUAUUUUGAAUAAAGGUUGUAGCUUUCCCUUUAA